UACAACUGCACCUUCUCCAAGUAACACAACAGUUUACAACAUAACAACAGUCACACCAGUUACAUCUAUUCCAAAUAACACACCAAACUACACUGUAACUACAACAGAUGCAUUUACAUCUUUGACCAGUAACACAACACAGUACAAUAUAACUACAGUUACACCUUCUCCAAACAACCCAACAGCUUCUGACAAUCAUACUACAGAGUACAAUGUAACUACACCCACCAACAAUCACACAACAGCCUCUAACAUCUACACAACAAAUAACCCAACAGCUUUUCACAAUAACACAACAGAGUACAAUGUAACUACAGCAGCCAACAAUUACACAACAGAGUACAAUGUAACUGCAGCCACACACAAUUACACAACUGCCUCUACCAUCCACACAACAAAUAACCCAACAGCUUCUAACAAUCACACUACAGACUACAAUGUAACUACACCCACCAACAAUUACACAACAAAUAAAACAACAGACUUCAAUGUAACUACAGCCGCCAAAAAUUACACAACAGCCUCUAACAAUUACACAACCAAUUACAGUGUAACUACAGCCGCCAAAAAUUACACAACAGCCUCUAACAAUUACACAACCAAUUACAGUGUAACUACAGUCACCAACAAUUACACAACAAGUAACACACCAGAGUAUAAUGUAACUACAGCAGCCAACAAUUACACAACAGUAUACAAUGUAACUUCAGCUGGGAACAGGAAUGUAAACAAUGGCACAAUCACAACAAGCAAUACAACAAUACGCACAACAGAGUACAAUGUAACUGCAGCCACCCACAAUUACACAACUAAUAACCCAACAGCUUCUAACAAUCACACUACAGAGUACAAUGUAACUACACCCACCAACAAUUACACAACAAAUAAAACAACAGACUUCAAUGAAACGACAGCCGCCAAAAAUUACACAACAGCCUCUAACAAUUACACAACCAAUUACAGUGUAACUACAGCCGCCAAAAAUUACACAACAACCUCUAACAAUUACACAACCAAUUACAGUGUAACUACAGUCACAACAAGCAAUACAACAAUACACACAACAGAGUACAAUGUAACAACAGCAGCCAACAAUUACACAACAGAAUACAAUGUAACUACUGCGGUUAACAAUAACACAACAGCAUCUAAGAAUUACACCACGGCCUCUUCAAAUUACACAACAGAGUACAAUGUAACUGCAGCCACCCACAAUUACACAACAGCCUCCAACAAUCACACAACAGCCUCUAAUAAUUACACAACAGAGUAUAAUGUAACUACUGUCUUGAACAACUACACAACAAUAGAGAAUAUCACAACUACUCCUGUUUCUUUGAAUGUAACAGCUUCACUCAACACAACUGUGACUCACACGACUUCUCAAGUUAACACAACUCUAAACAAUGAAACAAUGACAACAAACUUGACUGUGGUAAUCACAACUUCUGUUGUGAACAACAGCAUGACAACCACAGCAUCUCCGCUGAACAACCAAACCACAAAUCACACCACAUUGAGUGUGACCCACAGCAUCACAUCAUCUGCAAAUAAUUACACCAACUCCACAACAACUGCCAACAGCAUUGAUCCCACUGUCACCAACAACGUUACUACGGCAACAAGCUACAACCAGAACUCAACUACAAGCAGUUUAACCACUGCUCUCAACCAAACCACAAAAGAUCCAACUACAACAACAACUACUAAUUCUACAACUGCUACUACUGCUACAACUACCAUAGCUACUACUACUACUACUACACAUGGCCCACUUAACACCACAACUGCUGAGGUUCCCUCAACAUCCACAACAACUCUCCCAACUACCGUCGUCAACAGCACAACCGAAGCAGCGACUGCUGCAUCAGAGACAACGAUGAGCCAAGAGGCCAAAGAGGAGCAGGCGAACAAGAUGCUGGACCAAACUCGGGACGCGGCGCAGCUCGACUCCUCUCAGGUGGAGCAGAUAGCGGGGCAGUUGGAGAAGCUGCUGGACGGCUCCUCUAUCUCUAAGUCUGUGGGACAAAAAAUCAUCACCAUCAUCAGCAACUUGAUGGAGGGCAACGCUGGGGCCCUCUCUGGGUUGGCUAAUAGGCUGAUUCGAGUCGUGGAUACCGUGGGUCUGAAGCUGGCCGUCAGCGGCGACCGAGAGAUCCUCUCGGCACAGUCACUGGUUCUGGCCGUCAAGACGGUGGAUGGAACCAACUUCCCGACAACAUCUGUCGACAUCUUCAACACGGAAAAUGUCCAGCUUCGUGCUCUCAGCAGGUCCAGGUCCAAGAGGUCAGGUUCUGCUCUGGGCUCAGUUUUCCUGCCCUCCACCCUGACUGCAGGUCUCAGUCCUGAGCAGCAACAACAGGCCAGCAGGACCCAAUUCACUUUCUACACGAAAAACACCUUAUUCCAGGACUCAACAUUAGGAAACACGACCCUCGUCAGUCCGGUUCUGGGCUCCAGUGUUGCCAAUUUGUCAAUAAGCAACUUGACUGAGGACAUUCGGUUCACCAUCCAAAACAUCAACCCCGUACCCGGAAACUUUGUGGCUUCCUGUGUGUUUUGGGACUUCACUCAGAACGGUGGUGAUGGAGGCUGGAGCUCUGAAGGCUGCUCUGUUGUCAACGCCACGUCGGAAAAAACUAUUUGCAGCUGCAAUCAUCUCACGUCAUUUGCAAUACUGCUGGAUUUGCCCAGAGAAGGACUAAUCGAUCGUGAGCACGCACAAAUCCUAACUUUCAUCUCUUACAUCGGCUGUGGAGUCUCUGCUAUUUUUCUUGCCGUCACUUUAAUGACGUACCUUUCCUUUGGGAAACUGCUGCGAGACAUUCCGGCCAAGAUCCUGGUGCAGCUCUGCUUUUCCCUGCUCCUCCUCAACCUGGUGUUCUUAUUGGACGGCUGGCUGGCGCUCUACCCGGCGGUCGGGCUGUGUACCAGCACCGCCUUCUUCCUGCACUACUUUCUGCUGACCACGUUUACCUGGGCCGGGCUGGAAGCGCUGCACAUGUACCUCAGCAUCGUCCGGGUGUUCACGCCUUACCUGAGCAAAUACAUGCUCAAGUUCUCACUGAUAGGCUGGGGUCUUCCUCUCAUCGUGGUGAUCAUCAUAAUCUCAGUAGACAAAGACAACUACGGUCUGGUGACAUAUGGAAAAUACAUAGAUGGCACAACAGACGACUUCUGUUGGCUGCGUAACGACAUCGCCUUCUACGUGGGCGUGGUGGCGUACUUCCUGGCGAUCUUUGCCGUGUGCCUGCUGGUUUUCAUCGUCGUUAUGGUCCAACUGUCCCGGAUUAAGAAGCAGAACCCUCAGAACCAGGCUCCGAACAGAGGGGUGAUGACGGACGUGCGCAGCGUCAGCGGCCUCAUCGUUCUGCUCGGCCUCACCUGGGGCUUCGCUCUGUUCGCCUGGGGUCCGCUCUACCUGCCCUUUGUUUACCUCUUCUCCAUAUUCAACUCUCUGCAAGGUUUCCUUGUCUUUGUUUUCCACUGUGCUAUAAAGGAGAACGUCAGAAGGCAGUGGCGGACUUAUCUCUGCUGCGGGAGUCUGCGAUUGGCCGAGAACUCUGAUUGGAGUCGUACGGCCACUCAGAACAACAGGAAUCUGUCGAUGUCCACGGCCUUCACCUCAGCUCACGACUCCUCCUCUCAAAGGUCCUCUGUCUACAGUGAUGUCACCAAUAGCAGUGGGUCUGUGUUUCUAGACAGCGGAAUAUCGGACGGCACCAACAGCGACGUCGCCUUCAACGAGCUCCACAGACGAAACACGUUUUUACAGGGCGAGGUCUGACGGCUGGGGGGGGGGUGAACAGGGCUUGAAGAAGUUAUCAGUGUUACAUGAGAUGAAGGAUUGAAGGUGUAAUGAAGGACCGAAGAAGUGAGACUGAAGUUCCUGGAGUGGAAAAUUGUUACUUGACAUCAUUUGUAUAUUGACGGUGGAAAACAGAAAAGAUGUAAGAGGCUUGUUAUCAGCGGUAAAUGUACAGAAGGAGUAUUUGUGACUGAAAAUCUGAAUUAUUUCAGCCAUGAUCAAGUGUUUCUGCAGAAUUAUUGAUUAUAUUAAAUUAUAUUCAGACUGUUUUGAUUAUUAUGAGGGUAUUUUGCUCUCUUUCAGUCGAUUUUUAUACCUUUUGGAACAGGAAUGGAAAAAAAUGAAGAUAUUUCCAUUGUUCAAUGAACUGUUGCCACUAUAUUUUUAAAUUUGACCCUCUCUAAUGAGGGAGGUCUAAAGGCACUUUGAGAAAUACCGCAGAUGUAAAGUGGAUUAAAGGAAAAUAUCCACAUGCUUUUUUUUAUCUAAUCUAUAUUUUAAGUGUAUUUAAGGUUUUAUUCCUCUUUUACUUUAUUUUGCUACAGUACAGUGUUGAUUUUAGACUCGAGAGAUGCAAGAUUAUAUGAGAUUGUAUAAGAUAUUUUUUUAAAAGAAGUGUAUUGGAUGUGCAGUUUGCUGGAGCAUCAGCAGACAGUUAGGAUUUAUUUCCUGCCCUUUUUUUUUAUCAGGAGCAGAUUUGACUAAAUGUCCUUGUGGGUGAACAUGUGCAUGUCAUGAACGAGAAGAUAAUAAACCUUCGAUUUAC